AUGUGUGCAUCCACAAAGAAGAUUGAUAUCAAGGGCCGUCUUCUUCUCUACUAUAAAUAUGAUGCCCAUCCGGUGGAUUGUGUCAAGAUAUUCUCUGCCGGAGGGAAGCAUAUCACCUUCAGGUUCUUGCAAGUAAACCUCUACUCAGCCCCGACAGACCUUGGGCGUUCCGAUGCGCUACAGACCAAAUAUGCCCGAGAUAUUGAUGGGAUACCGCAACCUGACACGACCCCGUUCUCUCAACCACUCGACAAUCCAAGCUUCUCCCUGCUUGCCCUCCAUUUCCGAGGAACGGCCGCCGAUCCGCAUUACGGCUUCAUAGCGGAGGUGGCUGUCGCGUCGACUCCGGCUGAAAAUGCCGGUGUCGGCGAGGUGGUGAUUGCGGCGGCUCGGAUGGACAAUAAUGACCGGGGAGGCGUUCGAUAUGAGAAUACUGGCGAAUUGAGCCCGAAGGUGGUCAUCGAAGAAUGCUCAAUGUUCCGCAACGGUAUCCAUUUGUAUGGCAAUAUCUCGACCACAAUGCACGCGGCCUCUUUCUACCUCCACAAUACGCAACUGCUACUGUUUCGGGCCAAUUCGUUGGCGCAUAAUCGGGGCGGUAUUCUGAUCGAUUCGAUCUCGGAAACAGCGAUGGCUCGUCUGAAUGCCGUCAUCAAGGCCAAUCUCUUCUCCUUCAACACGAACAGUUCUGUCAUCGAGCUGAAGGGCAACGGAUUCCAGAAAGUGACGAUGGUAAACAACGUGAUUUCUCACAACUAUGCCUUCUACCACGAUACGGUCUAUGCGGUGGAUGUGAUUGUGAAUAUGACGAGGAAUACCAUCACGAAUAACACCGGGCUACAUACGCUUGACAUCCGCACCGCAAAAUCGAAGGGAAACUCGGAGCCGCACCUCUUUUUGCGGAACAAUUUGGAAUUCAAUCAUGCCCUCGGUCAUGGCCAUCAAUAUAUCCAACGAUAUGGCCAUGAAUUGGGCUGGAUGGACGAAUUCAAUUUAUACAAAAGGCCAAAGAGACAGGUCUCCUACCCGGUGGUCCGUCAAGAGGGAGUUUCGUUUGAUUGGUGGACGCAUGUCGAUCAGAACACGGAUAGAUAUCGUAGUACGAUAUAUGCCGGCAGUUCCAGGCAGCACUUCUUGGAAAACGUGUUCAACAACCCGGCGAACGAGCUCGACCUGACCACCUCAAAUCGGACAAAUUGGGAUAUUGGAGCAGUGGAUGCAAAGGAGAACUAUUGGGGAUGGCCAUCAACAGAAUCGGUAGCUGCUGGACGGAUAAGGGAUGGGGCUGAUCUACCGUAUCUCAUACGUGUAGAGUACACUCCCGUACUCGAAUCGAAUACUUCUCUCAUCGAAGGGGAUUGCAGAGCGGGCUGGUUCCAGGUGGGAAAGGAGGAAUACAAGAGUUGCUACCUGUACGUGGGAGGAGCAGCAACAUACGAGAGAGCUGUGGAAUAUUGUGAAGAAUUGGGAGCCUUCCUAUUGUAUCUCAGUGAUGAUGAUCCGAGACAAAAGGAAAUGGCCGAGAGGAUAGAUAUGAUGGAGAGAAGAGGGCUGACAGAGUUGGAACAGACGACACCUUGGCUCAGGACCCGCGACGACAUACAUAUCUGGGUCGGAUCGGCCUCAUUUUCCUGGCCACAGUGUGGAUAUCUCUCGACAAGGACGAGCAGGACACAAUAUGACAACUGUCAAGCGUUGCGGCCAUUCGUUUGUGAGAAAGGCAUCCUCGCCUACAAAGAGCCUCCGCUCUGGCGUCGUGAAGUCGUGCUUUUCGUCGUUCUUGCCGUUGUUGCCAUCGUAUUCCUGAUCCUUCUGGGCUGUUGUUGGUGCCUCAAAUCAAAGCGGCGUACAGAGGAAGCCAUCGUACGCAAGAAUAUCAUGAGGGCCAGUAUGGAUCUGGAGAAAAAGAAGAAAAUGCGCUUCCAAUCGGCUUAUGGUUCUUCGCAAGGGCCGACCCACGAAAGUGCGUUGGGGAGUAUAUCCGCUUCCCCAUUACACGCUUAUGGCACUUCGAAUUAUUAUUCAAAGAGAAGUCAGGGAGCUGAUUCACCAACCGCCUCUACUAAUACCUACGAGACGACGAGCGCUUUUUACUCCUCUCGUACCGGAACUGGCACCACUCCAACCCAAUCUCGCACAACCCGUACGAGAAGCUCGACCCGGCCCACAGACUACACCCAAUCUGAGACGUACUACGGUAGCCGAGAUCCACCCCGGCAAAGGAGUCUCGUCAACUUGACCCCGAAUCCAUAUUCUGAUGGGGCUACGCAGUGCACCUCUUUCCAGCCAGGCAAGAGCCGCUCAACGGCCCAAUCGAUACAUGACACUUCAUAUACAACCGCCUCUUCUUCCGAAGCCACGACGCCAUCGAGCUGUUCUACAUGUCCGACCGGGGAUCGGGAUUCUACGCUGACCGAGGGGUCCUGGAGCGAAGUGAGCGACGCAAUGCAGAGACCGCUGUCCGUUGAUGUCGAGGUCAAACCCAGCCCUGUACAACCCGCUACCACAAAUCCCCGCCAUCCCCCCAAUCGAGACGACCCUUCCAAGCCAUCGGCCAGCACCAGC